GAUGAAGUAAACAAAGCUUCUGAUUAGACAUUUUAUUGAAACUGAAGUAAAACAUGGCGAUUUAACCUUGUUAUUUGUUAUAUCAUUGUUUCCAAAUUUUAGUAAAUUAGGAUAAAUAAAGAUAUACAUUUUGGACAAAUUGUUAAAAGUGCGGAAAUUGAAAAGAAAGUUUUUAAAUCUUUUGGGAUAGUGUUUUGAUCAAAUACGUCAUGUUUUUCAGACCUUGACAUCUAGUCAGAAUUGCAAUAUCAAACGUCGCCUAGCUGGUGUUACAGAUAUACAGUAACUGUAUGGCAAAUAAUUGCAGUAGAUUAUAAAUCCAUCUUUGUGUUUCACCUUAUAGCAUCAUAUGGGAAUUAGUUAUAUUUAAUUAUAAAACAUGACUGGUAUACCUUCUCGUUUAGCUACUGCAGGAAAGUUAGCUUAUUAUGCCUAUCCUGGUUUUCUAUCUACAGUUGGGAAGACUCAAAAUAUCAUAGCCCUUAGUAGAUGUGUAACAACAGGUAAAAUAAUCUUCAAGUCUUUUGGAGCUGGGGAACCCCCGAAGGACUCUGAUAGUUCAACUUUGCCACCAAGGGGCACUUCAGGUAGUGGUGGUGGUAAGAGUAAAAACACUCUAUCAUGUCCAAAGUGUGGGGAUCCUUGUACUCAUGUUGAAACUUUCGUAAGUUCAACCAGAUUUGUGAAAUGUGAGAAAUGCCACCAUUUCUUCGUUGUCCUCAGCGAAAUGGACAGUAAGAAAAAAGAUGGGCAAGAUCUGAAGGCUGGGUUUUACAGAAAACCUCCUCCACCUCCGAAAAAAAUUUAUGACUACUUGAAUAAACACGUUGUAGGCCAGGAACACGCCAAAAAGGUAUUGUCUGUGGCAGUGUAUAAUCAUUACAAGAGAAUCUAUAAUAAUACUCCACCAACAAUGAAUCCAGUGCCAAAACCCGAUAUGACUGUUAUGGAGCAAGGUCCCCAUCAUAAUGCACCCCAUAGAGAUCUUCUGAAUCUGACAGGGCUGGGUCAUGGUUCAAACUUUGGCUUCAAUCUAAGUCAGUCAAACUCUAACGUAGAGUUGGGAACUACACAAAAACAUAAUGGCUCUGAAAUUCUCGAUAAGAAGAGUCAUGAGCUUAAACUGGAGAAGAGCAACAUCUUGCUGUUGGGACCAACAGGUUCUGGAAAGACGCUUUUAGCUCAAACUAUCGCGCAAUGCCUAGAUGUUCCUUUUGCCAUAUGCGAUUGUACAACUCUCACGCAAGCUGGGUAUGUAGGAGAAGAUAUCGAAAGUGUUAUUGGAAAAUUGCUCCAAGAUGCAAGUUAUGUAGUUGAUAGGGCUCAAGUAGGAAUAGUGUUUUUGGACGAGGUUGACAAGAUCGGAGCAGUUCCUGGUAUCCAUCAAUUGAGAGAUGUUGGAGGAGAAGGUGUUCAACAAGGAAUGUUGAAGAUGCUAGAAGGCACUAUAGUAAAUGUCCCUGAACGUAAUUCACCUAGAAAAUUACGCGGGGAAACUGUCCAGGUGGAUACAACAAAUAUUUUAUUUGUUGCUAGUGGAGCAUACAAUGGUCUCGAGCGUUUAAUACAAAAAAGGAAUAACGAAAAUUAUUUAGGAUUUGGAGCGCCAGUUUCCGAAAGCCAAGGUAGAAGGGCGGCUUCUCAAGAAGCAUCUCUCCACCAGUCUGCAAUGAGUGCGGAAGAAGAAAAUUUGGAAAGGGACACUGCUUUGAAACAGGUCCAAGCUAGGGACCUCAUUGAUUUUGGAAUGAUUCCAGAAUUUGUUGGCAGAUUUCCAGUACUUGUGCCUUUCCAUAGUUUGGACAAAAAUAUGUUAGUGAGAAUACUCACUGAACCUCAGAAUGCAUUAGUACCCCAAUAUCAGCGUCUUCUGGGAAUGGAUCAGUGCGAACUAUCAUUCAGUCCUGAGGCCUUAGUAGCUAUUGCUAAACUUGCGAUGGAACGUAAAACUGGUGCUAGAGGUCUGCGUGCCAUAAUGGAGUCUCUUCUGCUUGAACCUAUGUUUGAGGUACCAGGUUCGACCAUAACAGGGGUUAGCAUCAAUGAAGAUUAUGUCCUGGGUAAUGGAGGACCUGUGUAUAUAAGAGAAACACCCACACCUGCGACUGAGGUGUCUGAUGAAGAAGACAUUACAACAUCCAUAAGACUGAAACAGUGAUGCUUGGAACAAAUCAUCCAGAGUGACACAUGAUAAUGUGAUGAUGAAAUAAUAUACUUUUUUACUAGAUUCUGAAAUACGGAAAAAAAUGUUUUUUCUUUCUCAUAUUAUAUAUUUACGGUAUAAUUUUAUUAAUUUGAAUUGUGUGUAAAUAAAGAUUUUAUUCUAUAGGAAAAACUAAAUUAGUGUAAAUAAAUUGGUUCGACUAAAUUCAUACUGCAAAUCGGAAUGUAUGAUUGAAGCCUUUUGUUGUAAAUAAUAAUGAAUCAACUAUUAUGUUAAAUUUCAUUACUUCCUUUUCAAAUUUUCAAUGCAAUAUGAAAAAGGAAAUAGUUGUAAGUGUUCAAAUUCAAUAAAAUGCUUGGUCGAUCUUA